CCGCACGAAUUUACCCACGCCACCGCCACCACCAGCACCGCCGGCGACGGCGCACACCGACGGAAACAAGGCAAGAUGGCGACGGAGGGUCAGUUCGAGUACGAGUCUAUCCUCUGCGUCAAACCAGAAGUCAACGUGUACCGAAUCCCACCGCGAGCAUCCAACCGGGCCAUCAGGGCCGCCGAUUGGAAGCUGGAUGCUCCCGACUGGUCGGGACGCAUGCGAGUGGUGGCUCGCGGGAAAGUCGCCUACGUCAAGCUGGAGGAUAAAAUAUCUGGGGAGCUGUUUGCCCAGGCACCAGUGGAUGAGUACCCCGGCAUCGCAGUGGAAACAGUGAGCGACUCGAGCCGGUACUUUGUACUCCGCAUCCAGGAUGACAACGGCCGCAGUGCCUUCAUCGGGAUCGGGUUUGGAGACCGAGGUGAUGCCUUUGACUUCAAUGUUGCACUGCAGGACCACUUCAAGUGGGUAAAGCAAGAACAUGAAUUCAGCAAACAGGCGCAGGCUCCAGACUCGGCUCCGAAGCUUGACCUGGGCUUCAAAGAGGGACAAACCAUCACGCUCAAUAUUGGGCAAUCCAAAAAAAAGGACAGAACUCGUCCACAGAGUUCUGGUGGCCUCGGACUCCUUCCGCCUCCCCCCGGAGGCAGGCUAGCCCCACCCCCGUCCUCCCGAUCGAAUAAUCACAACACGCAGCCGUCUGUGGGAGGAAAUGACACAGGUUGCUUGCUGGAUCUGGACUCUAGCAACUCCAACUUGGUGGCUUCGUCCAAUCCGCCCCCGAUGACCGGCUCAGACCUGUGGGGUGACUUUGACUCCCCGAAGUGAGCAACUCCCGCUCGGCUCUUCCUCCACUCCUUUCUCUCUCUCUCUAUCUCUCUCUCUUUUUCUCUCUCUCUCAGUAACAUUAUGCAGCACUUUGGUCGUCGUUGCUUUCUCCUUUGGGCGGGGGUCCCUACCGCUCCCUCACGCCCCCCCCCCCACCACUUCUCGUGUACUGUACUGUAAUGUAAUUAACCAGUUUAAGUUCUCAUGUAGUUGGUCUCAAGCCUAACAUUAAGACUCUCGUCUGUGUUGAUUUGUAUAUUCCCUCCUUUUAACUGUGAACAUUCUAGAGAAAUGUCAUGAAGGAAAUCUAACAAUGAAUGCAGUUUCUGUACAAAGAAUAUUUAUUUUCAACGUGUAUAUCCCCAGUUGUCUGUGAGUUUUGGAAGUCCGUUUCUGCCAGCUAUUUUUUUUUUUAACUGUAGGAACCCAGUUUUUUUUUUUUUUUUUUAGGUGUCGGGUGGUUCCAGUUAGUAGCUUGUUUCCACCAGUGAUUUUUAUUUUUAUAUGGCUUGGGAGGCCCCUUUUUGCCAGUUUAAAAGGAAAAAAAAAAACGAAACAUUGUCAGACCACCUUCAUGUGCAAUUUCCAUAGGGAAACAGUUGCAUGACUCGGUUGCGUCCGAAGAAAGGAGUGGGGGUAUUCUCACUGAUGAAAACGGGCUUCCGGCAUUUAAAAAAAUAUAUAAAAUAAAAAAUCCACUAGUCAGAGACGGUUUUCUGACAGUUUAAAAAAAAAACAAACACAAUUAUUUGUCUUGCAGGAAAGGGCUUCCAUAGUGUGGCGUCUGUGUUGUAGCUUUUUGUCCCCCACCCCCUUUUUUUUUUUUAAUGCUAGGUUGAUAAUAUGCACUUUGUCUGUCUGUAGUAUGUCUUAAUUCAACACUGGGACUUUGUUCUCUCAUCCGUGAGGUUUACCGCUAUAAUCUUAAAAGAAAUCUUGUCGACUUUGAGCGGCUUUCCCAAGUGGUGCUGCUCUCUAGCGCCGUGCAGUGGACUCUAACGGCAAUACGAGCCAGCGCUGACAUGAGAGAGCAAGUUGCUUUUUUGGAAACGAGCAGCCCGUAGUAAAUCAGUUCAGAGGGCGAAGGAGGCAGCCAAAGUUGGAUGUGCCCCGGCCUCUUUAAAAAGUUUGUGAUUUAGUGGCUGUGGAUGACGGCUGAGCUCGGUCACGAGCUCUAUCCUGCUUUGGUGAAGUCAUCGCCCGUCGUUCUUGGAGGGCGUCGCCAUCCGACAACCUGAAAGGGUUGCGUGCUACUGAACUCAUUUGAACGGCCGGGUUUUGAUGUAAAGCGUUUCAUUUUGGACUGACGCAUUGUUGGGACCAAGUUUUUUUGUUUGAGGCAUUUUGGGUAUUAUUAUUUUUUUUUUUGUUGUGAUGUUGCUGUGUACAUGCGGCUGGAUGAUGUCAAUGCCGAUGGAUGUUGAGCGGCAUUUGCUUGCAGACAAUUUAACCCGGACAAAAUGUUUUACUGUCUCAUGUGAUUUGUUGUGUAUGGGAAUGAAUAUGCAAAGAUAAAUAUAAGAGAGGCACAAUGCAA